GCUUCUAGCUGUUGUGAAUGACCAACGCGUGUGUUAAGUGCUGAUUGUCUUUUUCGCGUUAAGAGAUCAACACAAAAAACUAAUACGAUUAACAGGCAAGGUUGGACUACUUCCAUCAUCUUCAGUUGUUCGAUACUCACUAUCGAAGAAAGAGACGUUGAACUGUUCGAGUCAACGAGCAUGGGAGAUAAUACUGUUAGAAGUUAGACACCGAAGAAUUUUCACAAUAUGGAAUCGGACAGUACAGCGGAUCUACAAGCUAUGUCAAAUGAUCAACUUAAAGAGCAUUUGCAAAAGAUACGCUCAAAUCAUGCAUCUUUAAAGGCCGAAAUCGAAAGAGUACGUACAAUUCCCUCUUCCGAAGAAAUGCAAGAAUGGGUGGAAGCAAAUUCAAGAGUAUUACCUCAAACCUUGGUAGAUCUAUCGCAAAGGAUAGCCGUCGCUGAGGAAAAAUGUAUCCUUCACAGAACAGCAGGUUGGACCGUAUUUGAGAUCGAUCUCGAUAUCGGACGGAGAGAAAGACAAAUGCGUAGAGAAGAAGGUCGUUCUAAGCUUGGGAAAUCUUCAUUAGGUCUAGGCGUUCGCCUUGACACUUUCUUUCGCGGUCGAUUUCAUGAGCCUUAUUAUUUGAUCUUUGCCAAACAAUCUCAACUGCUGGACAACAAAGCAAAAGUUACAAAUUCAGCGCUCGAUGCGGGAAAACUUGAAGCAAGAUAUGAAAUGGAAGCCAGGGACGAUGAUGAUGACCUCCCGCAUGCUGAUAGCGAAGAAGAUGAAGAUGGAAUGGAAGCUGUGCGCUUGAUCCGUCAUACGAUUCCUCUCUUUGUGCCAUUGCAAACUCUCAUCAAGCAAUACCUUGGUCAGGAUGGUGGUAUGGUGAGCGAACGGAGAAGGGGAGGUCUUGAUUUAUUGGACGGAUUGAUGAGUCGAAAUGGCAUGACGGACUUCCUAGGUAAGCUACACACAUACUUGCAAGUAUUUGUUUGUCGCAGAGAGCAGACGAUCGGUCUAAAAAACAUUCGCCUUCCCGGAGAGCAUCAUUCGGAAUUGAUCGCAUAUGCCAAUGAUGCUUUCGACAUGAUCACCAUUCGCUGGGCUGUCCCGAUGGUGUCAAUGAAAGAUGUAGACGAAUACGAGAGGCAGAAUGGAAUUGUACAUCCGCGUGCUUCCACCGCUGAAGAGCAAAGUACAUUGAUGCACAAACGAAGACUAAGAUAUGAACAUGCGAGAGGAAUGGCAAGACGAUCACAAACGGGAGAUCGCGUUCGCAAUGUCGAAAUCAAGAUUCAAUUCACCAACUUGUUCGCCGAUGCAUUAGGAAAAGUGGAUCCGGAGUAUAAAGAACCGGAAAAGUCCAGCGAUGAAUUCAAAGAAGGCAGAACAUUAUUCGAAAACGGUACUGUACGCAUUGAACAUCAACGUCCAAAGAAGAAAAGAAAAAGGAGGGAGAAUUCGCCAGAAAUUUUCCACGUCGCUACCCGUCGAUCUGAUUGUGAAGUAUUUUUCGCUAAUGAAACAGGUCAAUUAGAAAAUGCUGUUCAACAAUCUUUGAUCAGAAUAUUUGCCGAUCACCUUGAACGUGAAUCAGAAAUGGACAAGUGCAUGACAGAGCGCUUCCUCAAAGGCGAGUUAAAAACUGGCAUAAACGGUUCAAGAGGAAGGAACAAGAUCCGCAGAGAGCACUACACUCUGAUUGUCUGAAAGACAUGAGAACGUCAUUCCUCCAUUUGUAUUACUACAUAUUGUACAUGUAACAUCACCUUAAUCUUACACUUUGUAUUCGUACAUUAAUCGUCGAAAAGAUCA